AUGUUCCUGCGACUUUUCCGACAAGGACGACAAGGCCGCUAUCAUCUGUCUUCGAUCAAGGGCCCCGCUUCUCCAUGCAAUAUGCAACAACCACUUGGCACCGAGCAAGGUUUAAAGGUGUUGCCCAAGAUCAUGUCAGAUCCCCAACAAACCGGCGCCCGUUUCAUGGCUAUCAUUUUCGGAUCCAACGACGCCUGCUUCUCGGACGCUGAGAAUGGAGAGCAUGUGCCACUGGACCGGUACAAGAAGAACCUAGUCAAGCUCCUCACUCACCUGCCCUUGAGGCUCACAACCCUCGGCUUCUGCUAG